ACAAAUUCGCUGUCACUUCCUCUUGUGUUUCACACAGUAUUGUAGUUUAUUCAGUCAGGUAUUCUGCACUGCAAAGUAGUUUUUUUCUAAAGUUCUCUCAUCCAGUUGAAAGUUUGGAGUGAUAAGUUUGUACAAACCAAGUUUUGAACUCUUCCUGGCGAGAGCGGAUAUAUGAAUAGGUACAACCCUAAAGGAUGUGGUUGAGUCUGAGAUGAGGAAGAAAGUGAGGAGGAAGGAGAGUGCAGUGAACUCUGAAAAAGCUUCCUGCAAACAGCUUGCCGUAGGUUUACUAAAACAGACUAAGGCUGGUGUAAAUUUGGAAUAUUUCGACAGUUCUCAUUUUGAGAAGGUGUAAUGGACUUUUGAAGAUGCGUUGAAAGACAAAGAGAAGAUGGAACUGGAGGAGACUGGUGAAACGAGGACUUCCUGGACUGUAGCACCAGGAGAGUCACACUCCAUCAUCUAUGACCAUGCUGGGAAGAAGAGAAAACAAGACCCAGCCCCUGAACAUUUGAACAGAACCUUAGAGGAUGAAGAGGAGGAGGAGGAUGAGAUGACGUGUGACCAUAUGAAAGAUUCAGAGGAGCCCAGUAAUAAAAGGGUCAAACCUGUGGCCAAGUCCAAUAGCCUAACAGGUGUCAUCACCCCAGUGAAGACCCCUGCUCUUAAACGCAUUGGACAGUCUAUUUCGCGGUCUAUUAGUUUCCGCACAGAGGCCCGACCUUUGCCCCCAGCUCCCUUACGCUCUCGCCCAAAGGCCUCAUCGUUUCCUCGGAGACGCAACAGCCAGUGCUGGAGUGACACCGUGGAGAUCCAUGACCUCACUGCUAAGGAAAUCAAACGUCAAGAGGUGAUCUAUGAGCUGACUCAGGGAGAGAGACAACUCAUUGAGGACCUCAGUCUGGUCAAGAAGGUGUACUAUGAGCCCAUGUUGAAGUUGGACAUCUUGACAGAGAGUGAGCUCGGGCAGAUCUUUGGUACUCUGGACUCUCUCAUUCCUCUCCAUGAAGAUCUUCUGGGUCGUCUUGAGCGGCUGAGGGGAUCAGAGAAGACAGUGGGAGAGGUGGCGCCUACUCUGAUAAGUUGGUUCCCUUGCCUGGAGGCCUAUGUUACAUACUGCUGUAACCAGGUGGGAGCCAAAGCCCUGCUGGACCAGAAAAAGCACGAGAAGAGAGUGGAGCACUUCCUGCGCCUGUGUCAGGAGUCUUCGUUCAGCAGGAAACUGGACCUCUGGAGCUUCCUGGAUCUCCCUCGAAGCCGUUUGGUCAAAUACCCCCUUUUGCUGAGAGAGAUACAGAAGUGCACACCUCCAGAGCACCCUGAUGAGGACGUGUUGCCUGAUGCUAUGGACUUGAUCCAGAGCAUUGUGGCGCAGGUGAACAAGAAGACGGGAGAGGCUGAGUGUCAGUUCUACAGGCGGGGUCUUAACUACAUUGAGGACAGCCAGAGAAUACCAGAGAUCGGGCAGUCCCACUUCCUCCACUGCCACGGAGAGCUCAAGAACAACAAGGGCCAGCGGCUGCAUGUAUUCCUGUUUGAACAGGCUUUGGUGCUGAGCAGACCCGGGGAGGACAAAGAUGGAGGUCAGGUGUUCAAUGUCUACAGACAACCUCUGCGCAACGCCCUCUUAAAUCUGGAGGAGAUCCCAGAUGGGGAGGCAGGAGGGAGCUCCUUCAGGGGAGCCUUCACUGGAGGAAAUGAUAAAGUGAAGAACUGUUUCCGUGUUAGCAGCAGAGGGCGCUCCAAAGCUUACUCUUACAGCCUGCAGGCCAACGACUCCUUCAGCAAGCAGCAGUGGAUCACCAGUCUGCGCCAAGCAAUUGUCCAGAUGCGAGAUAAGAAAGCUCAGAGCAGUCAGCCGCAGCCACCCCCCCACGCUGAUACCCCCCUCCAUCACAUGUCUUAUCUCACCAUCAACUCGGAUACAGAGAUGGUAGACCAAGACAGUCACUGACUGUCUGACUGAUCAUCAGGAGGCCUUUGGAGUGCCUAUAUAUUUGUACAUUGACGUCAGAAGGCAUAAAAUAUGGACUUAUGAUUGUGCUUGGAUGCACACAUAGUAUUUUCUACCUGGUUAAGUUUCUCUUCUUGCUUUUUCUGAUGGAUUAUAUGAAUGUAGUAAUGUGUACUGUACAGCUUGGCAGUAUUAUUGACUGUGAUUUUAACAUGUAAAAUGUUUCUGUUGUUAUUAUGUUGUUUUUUUUAAUAAACUGACACUUAAAAGUU